AGCAAGCCUACUCCCAGAGAGAAGCGAAGGGAGUUGCUGGAGUUGUUGCCACGCAGGGGGCCGCUGGCGUUUCAAGCCUUCUGUGACGCUCUGGAGAACGACCAUGUCAAGCAGAAAUUCAUCCUUGACAAACUCCUGGGACGAGCACCCACACAGGGUGGAGCUACCUCUACGGUCUCGAUGCAACAGCUAGAAACUGGAAUGGGCGAGGUGGCUAUUAGUGGUGCUAGCAGGGGAACCAACGGGGACAUCGCUUUGGAUGACACAGAUGGGCCGAUUGCAGUGAGAGUAGAGCCGAGUACAGAGAGGUUCUUCAACGAAAAAACAUCAAACUCACAGCCAUUAUGUUACACCAUGGUGAAACAACCGCGUGGUUUGGCGUAUGUGGUGAGCAACGUCACGUUUGAUCAUCUCAGCAAUAGAGGUGGAGGGGAUGUUGACUUUCAGAACAUCACUGCCCUGUUGACGCAACUCGGAUUUGAAGUGCGGGAACUUUGUGACAAAACAGCCUCGGAAAUUGAGACUGGGAUUCAGUCUUUCGCGAUGGAAGAGGCUCAUCAGACUGCCGACUGCUGUGUGGUGGUGAUGAUGUCACACGGUAAGCCCGAACACAUCUACGGUCGUGACGGACAGGACUCAUCAACAUCACCAUCGGUCAACAUCCCUACAAUCAUCAGCAUGUUUGACAACGUGAACUGCCCAGCUCUGCGGGGAAAACCCAAGCUAUUCUUCUUCCAGGCCUGCCGUGGAGAUACAGCUGACAGGGGAACAGCCGGCCCAGACGUACCUGACGCAGGGUCUUUGCUGCCGAGUAAUUUCUUUGAGAAUGUCACUGGCCGCCACGAAGCCGACGUUUCUACAGAUCAGCCGACGGCUACAGAUAUGCUGAUAUGUUAUCCCACACAGCUAGGAAACGUGUCGUUCCGCAACGCCUCCAAUGGUAGCUGGUUCAUACAGGCCAUCACCAAGGUCUUCAUGAAACGUGCAAAGGAUUCAACUAUCCUGUCCAUGAUGACAGAGGUGAAUCGUCUUGUUUCUGAACAAACCUCGAGCAUACCAGGCUCCGCAUUCGACCGUGGCAAGCAAGCAUCAGAGUUCAUCAACCGUCUGCGAAAGGACUUGUACUUCUUCCCCGGUAUAACAAAGUAGUUUUUUCAGCCAGACGAAGCAAAUUUGUGGUUGCAAAAGUUCUAUUGAAUUACAGAAUGAUAAGUGCUGACGGUAACCGUGUAACCGUGUAGGGAUAUCGUAAAUGUCGUUUGUCCAAUGUUAAAGAAACAACGGAUGCUGAUACUUCUUCAAUAACCAUGCAAGAAAGCAGGCAAAAUUUAACCUGUCAAAAGUUGGAAGAUAGGAUCUGCCGAAUCAUGUUAUACACUGUAUGCGUGAUAUCAAACCCUCUAACUAUUUUUGUCGUAAAGUUAUUGGACCCAUAAUUCUUGCAGACCCUCGAGAAUUAGGCAAUUUGAUGGCUAAAUGUUCUUGAAGUUGCGAUGGUUACCCUGAUGAUUCUGAUCUUUAUAACAGGGAAGGACCAGGACAGUAAAAGCAAAUCUGUGUACUUAAUACGCACCAUGCAUAUUGCAAGCAUGUUACUCACAAGUGACUAAGUUUUAAAUUUAUUGCUGUGCAUGAAGGAAUAUGGUAAGAAAUUUGCGGCCAGUGCUCUGUUGCGAGUUGACCAGCCAGCCUCCCACUUAACUAGGUUUCCUUUAUGUGUUUUUUGGCUUUCCUCAUUCAUGAUAAUUGUUAGUUGUAGAUCUUGAUUUAAUGUCAUAUGCAGCCAAACCAUUAUAUCUUAUCUGUUUGCUCCAUAUUUCAAAUUGUCUUGAAGAGUUACAGAUAGUGAUAGUUUACACCAGUUCCAAUUAUCGGGUGUAUCUUAGGCCUCUAAAUACAAAACAAUGUCUUGAA